UUAUGUUUUGUUGAAUGUGUGAGGUUGGGUGGGUGAGGUAAGCCUUGUUUUUGCGGUAAGUGAAAGUCCUCAACAGAGACUCCAACUUGCCUUCCUUCACUCUCUUUCAAUUGUUUUUGUUGCUUUCCUCUCUGUACCUCAACGAGGUUUCUCCAAAACUCUCUCUUUCUUCAUGUCUUCUACAUUGUCUUCUUCUUCCUCUCUCCCCUCAAAACCUUAAACUUCACAACUGGUGCUGCACUUAAUCAUUUCUUCAGUCUUCACCUUCUUUAACUUCAUCACAUUGCUAUCAUCACCACAAGACGUUUUCCCCUCCCUUUUUCUAUCUGUUUGAAUAGAGAUACAUACAUAUACCAGAAGGUGAAAGUCAACAGAAAUUAAGGUUGUCCUGUCCUGGUGUAUAAACUUGUGUUCUGACUUUCACAAUCUCCAUUUUGGUGUGUAAGCGUAACCUCAGAAAGGAGGAGUGUUGAUUGAAAGAAGGAAUAGAUUGUGUGACAGUAAUUCAGUGGCUUUGUUUCUGAAUAGAGAAAGCUACAUGAAGUUGUGAGUUUUGCCCCAACAAUGAGAGAUGAGAACUCGAAGAAGAGCAAGCUUUCUUGGCCAAAAACAUUGGUCAAGAAGUGGUUCAAUAUCAAGAGCAAAGCAGAGGAUUUUCAGGCAGAUGAUGUUCUCUCCCAAGGUGUUGAUGAAGAGUGUAGUAGCAACUACUCAGAGAGGGAGGCAUGCACCAUCAGGAAAAGCAAAUCAGAGAGAUCAAGCAGAUGGUACUCAGACAGAUCGCGAAGAGGUAAGAAUGACCUUGAUAAAGCUCAGGUUACAGAUGUGUAUAACUAUAGAAUCUUUGCUGCCACUUGGAAUGUAGCAGGGAAGUCACCUCCAAGUUAUUUGAGUCUUGAAGAUUGGCUUCACACCUCUCCACCAGCUGAUAUCUAUGUUCUUGGGUUUCAAGAAAUUGUACCUCUUAAUGCUGGUAAUGUUUUGGGAACAGAAGACAAUGGUCCUGCAAGAAAAUGGCUAGCCCUUAUUAGGAGGACCUUGAACAACCUUCCUGGAACAAGUGGAGGAUGCCACACACCUUCACCCCUCCCUGAUCCUAUUGUAGAGCUAGAUGCUGAUUUUGAGGGAUCAGUGAGGCAGAAGACAACCUCUUUCUUUCAACGAAGAUCCUUCCAAUCCCUGAGUCGUAGUUUGAGAAUGGACAAUGAUAUGUUAAUGCAACAAGCAUGCUUUGAUCGCCGUUUCAGUGUCUGUGAUAGAGUGAUAUUUGGUCACCGAGCGAGUGACUAUGACCCCAAUUAUCGAUGGGGUUCCUCAGAUGAAGAAAAUGGCGCUGGUGACUCUCCAAUUACAGCACAAUAUUCACCAAUGUCGUAUGGUGGUUGUUUCUCUGCAGAGGACAGUGAUAGACAGACAGGCACAGGCCACUCAAGAUACUGCUUGGUCGCUAGCAAGCAAAUGGUUGGGGUAUUUCUAACUGUUUGGGUGAAAAGUGAUAUAAGAGAUGAUGUUCACAACAUGAAAGUGUCUUGUGUUGGCCGAGGGUUGAUGGGAUAUCUCGGAAACAAGGGAUCAAUAUCAAUUAGUAUGUCAUUGCACCAAACAAGCUUUUGCUUCAUUUGUAGUCAUUUGACUUCUGGACAAAAGGAUGGUGAUGAGUUAAGGAGAAACUCGGAUGUAAUGGAGAUUCUCAGAAAGACAAGGUUUCCCCCAGUCCACGACAUGGGUGAUGAGAAUUCUCCUCAGACAAUUCUGGAACAUGAUCGAAUAAUUUGGCUGGGGGAUUUAAACUACCGGAUAGCACUUUCUUACCGUGCAGCAAAAGCUCUUGUUGAGAUGCAUGAUUGGAAGACUUUGUUAGAGAAUGACCAGCUGUGUAUAGAGCAGAGGCAAGGUAGAAUCUUUGAAGGAUGGAACGAAGGGAAAAUAUAUUUCCCUCCAACUUAUAAGUAUUCAAACAAUUCAGACCGAUAUGCAGGCGAUGACAGGCGCUCAAAACAAAAGAGAAGAACUCCAGCAUGGUGUGAUCGUAUCUUGUGGUAUGGAAGGGGCCUUCACCAAUUAUCAUAUGUUCGUGGGGAGUCAAGAUUUUCUGAUCACAGGCCAGUUUAUAGCAUAUUCUUGGCAGACGUUGAGUCUAUUAGCUGCAACCAAAUAAAGAAAAGCUCCAGUUCCAGGAUUGAUGUAGAAGAGUUGUUUCCACAUUCACAUGGUUAUGGCUACACUGAUCUGCACUACUUUUGAUGAAUGCCAAUAAUCCUUAUUCCACAUGAUCAACUUGACUAUUAUGAGAGAACUGAAGGUCUACCACGCAAGAAGUUGAUGGUAGAAAUAUUUCAGAGAUUUCUUGAUAGUAAUGGAUUUGACCAUGUCGUUCUUCCUAAUAAAGUUUCUAGUUGAGAUGUCAUGCAAGCCUUAUCCUAUCCUUGACUUGGGGCCCCUACACUUUUAGGUGAGCAAUACUGUGAGGAGUUUGCCAGCCAAAAUCAUGAUCGAGACAUUUACCCUCACCCCCAAACAAGCUGCAGAGUUUGUGGCUAUGCACCAACUAUAUAUAUUUGCGGCUCACAACCAUAUUGGCAGAAUAAUGGCUAUGUGGGGCAAAAUAAACCGCAUGUUCUCAUUUCUCGUGAAAGAGAGGGUUUGAAGAUUCUAACUCGGGGUUUGACUUAUUAUUCUUUAACACAACUGUGAUAAGCCAUGGGAAUAUUUGUACCAUCCUACUGUAUCCUUAUAGAAAGCUUUAACGAUAAUCAUUGAAGCUAACGACUAAAAUUACGUUUUUGUUUUUCUCAACAAGUUGCAACGAAAAGGAAAAAGGAACUAUACUACUUUCACUGCUUUAUUGGCUUUUACCAGUAA